ACGGCGAAAAGAAUGAAUUGUUACGUGUGACGUCACGCCCGUUGUUUCGGGUGACGCUGCUGAGGAGCAGGCCUCACGCGCAUAGCAGGGACGAACUCUGUCAGAUUUUUGUGAAUCAAGGUCGUCGGUUUCUCUUCAAUCACAACGAAAUACGGGAUUACCCUCUCCCGUCCCCCUUACCCCCCCUUCUCGAACAGCAUGGCCCAGGAGACAAAUCAGACGCAGGUGCCAAUGCUUUGCUCUAUGGGAUGCGGUUUCUACGGUAAUCCUCGCACUAAUGGAAUGUGCUCUGUUUGCUACAAGGAACAUCUACAGAGACAACAAGGAGGGGGGAGGACCAGCCCCCCUGGCGAGAAAGCUGCUACAUCUCCUAUAGAUUCGCCAGGUUCGUCUGCAGUAGUGUUGGAGGCCACCCCUGUACCCACUACGGAAGCCGUCACCCCACCUGAAGAACGAACAUCUAGUAGUUCGCCCAGUCCUGUAACCCAGCAAAUGACUGCUAUGAGCAUCUCCCAGGACACUGGAACCACCGAUUCAGACAGGGCCGAAGCAGAUGAUGAUGAUGAGGACGAAGGCUCGUCUAAAAGCACAGGUCCAGUAGGGGAGAGCACACAGGCUUCAUCAGAUGGAGAUCAGACUCCUGACAAGAACAAAAAAAAGAAUCGGUGCUUUACUUGUAGGAAAAAAGUUGGCCUCACGGGCUUUGACUGCCGCUGUGGUAACCUGUUUUGUGCUAUUCACCGUUAUUCUGACAAACAUGACUGUCCCUACGACUACAGAGGAGCUGCCGCCGCCCGUAUCCGCAAAGAGAAUCCCAUUGUGGUAGCUGAGAAGAUACAGAAGUUAUGAGGACUGAUGGCUAAGAGAGCAAAAAUUGUUUGACCUGCAAGUUUUGGAACCAUGGCGCUGAAUAACACCAUUCUAAAAUGGGUUCAUUUCUUCAUUGUAGGAUAAGGUGGGUGGGGUUGUAGGGUACAGCCCCUGCUUGGCCACUCCCUAAACUAUCAUCUCCCUGUCUCUCCUGGAAGGACGAUGUAGAAGUGUGUGUGUGAAUGUGUGACAUUUUAAAAGAUUAUGUUUGUGAGCGUGCUUGUUUUUUCUAGAGAGCCAGGGAGAAGAGGGAUUGGUUGUCAGGUGGGCAUCCAUGUGCAUUGGGGGAGGGAGGACUCUUUAGUUUUUACCCUGGCAUUGAUUUUGUUAGGAUAUUAACCUUAUUUUUUUAUAGGAACCCUUGUGGGGAGUUUGGUUUAAAUUUUGGGGGGUUGUGGGUGGGGGGCCAUUAAGAAGGGUUUCUUUGAUAUUGCAAAAUGUUGCUGAAGGAUAUAGAUUUUAAUGACUACUCCCAAAUUACCCAUAUAAAAUUUACUUUUUGUGUUAUCCUUUUUUCUGGUUAAUCACCCCUCACAUGUCAAAUCCUAGCCAGUGCAUUUAAAAACAAUUUCUCUUUUAUAUAUCGACUUAUCAUGCUAACGUUGGGUGCAUGAAUAGUAAUCGGAUUGGGUUUUUGAAGUGGGAACGGGGUGGGGCGUAAGAGUUUUGACAUAAACGAGUGACUGAGUUUUUUUCCCUUCCUUCUCUGUUUUAAUGAGUGUAUGGCAUCAGAAAAUCUAUAUUAAUAUAUUGUACGUAGCUUGAAUUGUGUGAUUGCUUUCUAUUUAUUUUUGUAUUAUCAUUUGGUUGGUUGGUACUGGAGGAUUGGAAGCAUGUGUCCAAAAAAGAAAAGAUCCAUGUAAUAGGUAAUCUUUUAAAUAUAAAUUUCCGUUUUAUGUAUCCAUUUUAAGUAUAGUGAGUUCUGAUGUUGGAUGAAGUCUUGGUUAAAUCUCCAAAAACAAAUGACAUUAAUGUGGCUGCAAAAUUAUGUAUCAAAUAAGAAUCAAAGCACAAUGAAAGAACGAUUUUCAGUAUUGUUGCACAAAUACAGCAAAAGGGGCAACACAUAGCAGUCAGGUUAGGAUUGUCAGUGCUGUACGAAACCUAGCAGGCCCUUAUUGCGAAACGCAAGCCUGCUUACAAGGCAAUGAACUACGUUACGAUUGAAGUUGUUAAGCUUCGAGAUUCAAAGUAUUUGUAACCACCAGCAGACCAAUGAAUGAUGCAAACAGAACUAAUAAUUUGUUUUAGGUGACAUUUUCAUCCGUUCACAGAUUUACUAUGAAUACCGCUGUGCUUAAUGAUGUCAUAAUGGAAGAUGCACAUACUUCCAUGCAGAUAACCAUUGCAUGCUUCAAACAAUAUUAAAGCAGAUUUCAAAGUUUGCUGCAGCCACAUUUCUAGAUUGCAAUUUUAAACCGUAAAAGAAUGUAACAUAAAACAUUGUCCCAUUGUAACAAUGCAUGGACGAAUGGAGCCUGCUAUCCAAAUUAACAACUGUUCUCUAAUGUAAAUACUAUGCGGCUGCCAUUCAUAUUGAAUUAUUCUAAAUAGAAUGUUAAGAGGAGGGGGAAGGCCCUGUGAAAAAUUUGUAUGUUUUGCGUGUACGUAGUGUUUAUUAACUACCCAUAUAUAAGAUUGAAGGUGCAGCGUGGUGUUCUCUGUCAUCUUUAGAGUGAGGCCGUUGUCUUUGUGCUGGCUGUGUGUAUUUUUCAUGACUUUUUUGUAAAAGGGCUGAAACAACCAUGUGGCACAUUUUGUAUUCGUCUGUAAUGUCAUACAGCAAGGUUGUCUUGAUGUGCACACUUGUACAUGGUUUACUAACAGUUCCCUGACUAAAAAGACAAGACGCAUAUCCCUAAGGCAUCUUGGCAUGUCUGUGAUUUAAUUUUUUUUGAAGUAAUCUGCAAGGGUGGGCACUAAUCGAAUACCUUGGAGUGUGAUGAGCUAGAGCCAGUAUGAGUGAAUAUGACGACACUGUAUCUUUAAGGGAAUAACAUGAGCUGACUAAAAUAACAUUAACUGUGACUGGAACUUUAUCCUCAGUGGUGUUGCAACGUCAGGAGAGUAUUUGUGAAAACCAGGUACGUGCCACGGUUGGCUGAGCUGGCAUCUUGAUACCAUUUUGAUGAGGGUUAUCCAUGAUGCUUUAAGAUCCUAUUCUCCUCGCAGGGCAUACAAGUCUUUACAGUACUAUCACACUUGUAUACACAACACCCUUUUAGGAUUUAGGUGUAGGAGUGAGGUUAGGUGCACUGUUAGGGUAUGGGUUCAGAUUUUUAGUUUGCAUUGUCAGUGUUGUGGAGUUCUUAUAUUGUGCGACUGUUUAUGACACUGGGCGCAUAUAGCAGUUUAAAUGUAGCCAUCGGAAUGGUAAUACUAAUCUAACUUGAUGACUUGUGGGGUUAAAGACAGUUCAGUCACAAUUCCCCACCUUUGUUGCCUUCAGUGUCUUCAAAUUGGCAGUGUAUGCCAAUCUAAUGCAUUAGCCCUUUUGAUCUAGCAGUGAUCCACAGCCGUUAUUGCAUGUGUGUAAUGGGUAAAGCAAAGGAGUCUCUUGUGCAUAACACAGUUAAAGCAGAAUUGCAUUGAAUUGCCCUUGGUAGUUUAACAGAGCAUUGCGACGGGUGAUGUGAGUUUCAGCUUAGAUGUGCUUGGCAGUACAUUAACCAGCAAUCAUGGAUUAAUUUACCAGCGUGCCCAGUCCCCCAGAGACACCACCAGAUACCUUUUUCUUUUAAAAAAUUUAGGAUUGUAUGAUGUGUAUAAGUAUAAAACCAAUAAAAUCACAAAGUUUAUUUUAAAUGUA